GUCAAUGGACCGGUGAUUGUGGAAGACUCGGCAUUGGAGUUUCAUGCCAUGAAUGGACUUCCUGGGCCGUACAUUAAAUAUUUUCUCGAAUUACUUGGAAAUGACGGAUUGAACAAUCUUCUGGUUCCGUACAAAGAUAAGAGUGCAGACGCCGUCUGCACCUUUGCUUUUUCUUUAGGGCCUACAACGGAACCGUUGAUUUUCCAAGGAAGACUCCAAGGCACGAUUGUUGCCGCCAGAGGGCCGCCCGUGUUUGGUUGGGAACCAAUUUUCGAGCACCAAGGAGAAACCCUUGCGGAGAUGGCGCAUGACAAGAAGGUAAGGCGUCUAGAAAAGAGGGUCAAUAGAGUUACCCCGACGGCUAAAACCAACAAGAACAAGUUGUCCCAUCGCUAUCAGGCCCUAUGCAAAUUCCAAGAAUGGUUGGCGAAUGGCGAAAAUCGGUCGAUGUGCUUCAACGACGAAGCAGAUCUGGCUGGUAGGUGUGAGUGA